UCAACUUUCCUGAAUUCAUUUCAUUUCGUGCCAUGCCAACGGCCGCUAAAGAUCGCGCUGCUCUUCGGUUCCCCAAAAGAUAUAGCCAUCUAUAUAAUUACGCGCGGUAAUACUCAGCCCAGCCUACGACGAUCGAGCGGAAAGAGCAAAUUAAAUGGAGAACGCGAGCUAAAGACACAGAGAGAUAAAAGUGAAACCGAAAGAGGGUUAAGGUUAUACGAAAGUCGAAAGAUCAGAAGUUCUGGAAAGUAUAUAGAAAUCACGACAUGUCCAGUUGGAGUUUGGCCAGUGCGGUUUCGCCAAAUGUGACCGGUGGCGAUGUCAUCCGACUGAACAACUUGAAGUCCAACUCGGAAACCCAUCUGCCAGCCCGGGGAUCUGGGGGAUCUGGAGGAUCUGGGGGACUACCCCGACCCACUACACCGGUGCCCGCCAAGAAAUUGACCUCCAAGAGACCGCCUCACCUGACCCUGAAUGUUAAGUCCAAAUCCCACGAUGCUCCGCUGGCCGAAACGGAAAACACCUUGCUUUCGGCCAGUGAGUCCAUCUAUGGAACUCCAAUUGGCGCCACGCCCAUUUCGUCACCAGCCAACCAAAGUCAGCGGAGUCAGAAGAGCCAGAAUAGUGACGAAAGCCGCCACAGCAGUAGCACUGCCACCAGCGGAGGAUCCAUUUUCCCCCACGAACAGUACAAAACCAUCAAGAGGAUCAACAUUGGGUUCGAGAACAUACGUUACACCACCAAGUUCGGAGUCUUCCAGAGGGAAACCAAAGAUGUGCUAAUGGGGCUGACAGGUUACUUCAAGUCGGGAGAGCUAAGUGCCGUGGUGGGACCCUCGGGAGCUGGAAAGAGCACUCUGCUAAAUAUCCUGUCAGGAUAUACAAUACAUGGCUAUACGGGUGAUUUUCACGUCAACGGCAAUCGGCGGGACUUGAAGGCCUUCAAGCCGAAUGUGGCGUUUAUUCGCCAGGAUACCAGUCUGCAGGCCUUCCUCUCCGUCAAGGAGGCGAUGCACUUUGCGGCCAACUUAAAGAUCGGCACCCACAUGACGCUAAGCGAGAAGAGGGAGCGGGUGAAGAGCAUCCUGGAGGCUAUUGGGAUGUACGAGAAUCGGCACACUAGGACGGGCCAGCUGAGCGGAGGUCAGAAGAAGCGUCUGGCCAUCGCCCUGGAACUGGUGAACAACCCGCCGGUGCUGAUCCUGGAUGAACCAACCACGGGCCUGGAUAGCUCCACCUCCAGUCAGUUGAUUAAUCUGCUCAAGAAGCUCGCCCUCGAGGGAAGGACAGUGAUCUGCACAAUCCACCAGCCCAGCGCCUUGACCUAUGCCAUGUUCGAUCAUCUGUAUGCCAUCGGCGAAGGGCGGUGCAUUUACGCAGGCGGAGCCCAAAACCUACUGCCCUUCCUCGCAGCCCUCAAUCUAAACUGCCCGGAGUCCUACAAUCCAGCGGAUUACUUAAUGGAAAUAGCCACCCAUGACUAUGACACGCCGGAUGACAACCAGCUGGAGAAGCUGGUGGCCCUGAUGGACAAUGGUCGCAACGAGGACUACAGACAGAGCAAGACUGCCCGAGUGGCCCAAUUGGCGGCCAUGAAGAAAGUUGACCAACUAAUGGCGGCGGGAUUAAUCACACCCGUGACAGCUCCGGUGAUGUCCACUUCCGUGCCGGCGCACUUCCUGCAGAGCAGCACGUUCAAGCCACUGACACCCAUCAAUGAGCUGUCCUCGCGGGUGUGGGACAGUCAAACGACGGGAAUCGAAGCCAAGUCCGCCGGCAGCUGCUGUAAGCCAAAGAAGAACAAGAAACCCAAGCGAACCUUGGAACUAGAUCCAUCGCAUCUGUGUAAAAGGCAGAAUAUCUACGCCACUCCGUUCUACCGCCAGCUGGGCAUCCUGCUGGUGAGAACCUUCCUGCUGAUUUGGCGGGACAGCUCACUGACCACAAUGCGGUUUGCCAUACACCUGAUCACGGGUCUUCUAAUCGGAACCCUUUACUUUGGGAUCGGCAACGAUGCCGCCGAGGCGACGAACAUCUUCAGAUACCUCUUCUACACCAUCAUGUUCAUCAUGUACUGUGCGUUCUCGGGGAUAUUGGUGAAGUUUCCCCUGGAGUUCCCCAUUGUGUCGAGGGAGCACUUCAAUCGCUGGUACUCUCUGCGCGCCUAUUACGUGGCCAUCACCCUGGCCGACCUGCCCAUCCAGAUCAUCUGCAGUGCUUUGUUUAUAGUGCCCACCUAUCUGAUGACCCAGCAGCCGCUGGAGUGGUGGCGGUUCGGCAUGUUCUUCCUGAUUGUGUUCGUCACGGCUUUGGUGUCGCAGAGCAUUGGAUUGGCGGUUGGAGCGGCCCUGAGCCUCAAGUUGGGCUCCAUUCUGGGACCCUUCUUCAUCUGCCCGUUCCUGCAGUUCAGCGGCUUCUUCCUCAUGGAGAAGGAUUGUCCGAGCCUCCUGCGCUGGAUGUUCGAUAUAUCGUUCCUCAACUACAGCCUGGACGGAGCCAUGCUGGCCAUUUUUGGAUAUGAUCGGGAGAAAUUGGUCUGCGAGGCCAUGUACUGCCACUAUAGAUUGCCCCGCUUCAUACUUAAAGAACUGGACUUUGAGGAUGCCAGCUACACGCAUGCGCUGAUCUUUCUGCUCGGCAUUCUGGUCUUCCUGCGCAUCCUGGCCUUCUACAUCAUGUCCUUCCGCCUCAGAUUGUUCAGAUGAGGCACUCGGCUACCGAGGAAACCUGCCACAUUCCGCCGACAGUUAAAUGUUUUAAUUUUAUACCUGUGGUUUCUUCUUAAGCAUUUAUUCGAGAGAAACUUAUGUGCCAAAGAUUGAGAAAAGCCUGUAGAGCGUAAGGAAAUCGUGAUAUAUAUCUGAAACAAAGGAUCAUAGAGCCCUCACACACACACACACACUAGCCUUGACAAACAUACAAACAUACACACACGGCGGUUACCGAGAUCAAUAAUUGUAAAUAGGACAUUUUUAUAGCAUAGCAUAUAAACAAAU